AUGGCGGACAUUGAGGAACUGAGAGCAGACGACGAUGUCGGUGACUCUGGAGUGGAAGAUUCCUCCUCCCUUCAAAGUACUUCUGUCGCAAGCUCUGUGUGGAACUACACUUAUGAAAAUGGCCGGAGAUACCAUGCAUACCGAGCAGGCAGUUAUCCAUUGCCCAACGAUGAAACGGAACAGGACAGAAUGGACCUAUUGCACCAUAUCUGGCGGACUAUGCUGGGAGGCGAGUUGCUUCUGAAGAAGCCCGUUACACCUCAACGCAUACUUGAUGUCGGCACAGGAACCGGUCUCUGGGCGAUUGAUAUAGCGGAUGAGUACCCGGAGGCCAUUGUCAUCGGCACAGACCUGUCGCCGAUACAGCCUGGAUGGGUUCCACCAAACUGCCGGUUCUAUGUCGAUGAUGCGGAGGCUGAAUGGACCUACGCACCUUUCGAUCUGAUCCAUGCCCGCAGCUUGGGAGGUUCAAUAUCUGACUGGCCACGAUUCUAUAAACAAUGUUUCGACUCGCUCCAUCCUAAAGGACUUCUCGAAAUGCAAGAGCACGACGCUUGGAUCAGCACCAUAGAACAGGAGUUGCCACCUUGGACGGCCGACUGGAACGUUACCUUGAACGAGGCCAGUGCAGUAUUCGGCAAAUACCUCAAUGUCGCCAACAAGCAUAUAGACUGGAUGAGAGAAGCAGGGUUUGUGGAAGCGGAACAACAGACUCACAAAAUCCCCAUCGGUAGUUGGGCCAAAGACCCGAAGUUAAAGGAACUCGGCCGAAUACAUCUUGCUGAAAUGCUUUCAGCUGUUGAGCCGUACACCCUGGCGCUGUACACCAAGGUGCUUGCAAAGAGCUUCGACGAGACAAAGCUCACGACUGAAAUGGUCAAGAAGGAGUUUUGCACUAAAAGGUUUCACCUAUAUGUCAAUUACCAUUUUAUCACUGCCAAGAAGCCCGGUGGUAAUUCCGAUACUUGA